UUCAGAUUACGUCCAUUAUAUAAUAAACAGGACAUUCAAAUAAUUUCAGUUAAUUAGGGAUCACUCGAUACAUUGCUACUAUGCCAUCCUAUAAGCUGACCUACUUUGAUGCCCGAGGUACAGCGGAAUUUGCACGGCUCGUGUUUAAGCAGGCUGGACAGGAGUUCGAGGAUGUUCGAAUACCGAUGGAUCAAUGGCCCGGGAUUAAAGAAGAACAGCCGAUGAAGGCACUUCCGGUAUUGGAGAUAGACGGCCGGAAGUUCUGUCAGUCUGCAGCAAUCGUACGAUAUCUAGGAAAGAAGUUUGGUCUGAUGGGAUCGGACGAGGAGGAGGGACUUGUUGUUGAUGAACUCAUGGAGGUGUUUGCGGAAAUGGUGAACAAACACCUCGUAGGUUUCAAGACGGAGCAGGAUGAAUCCAAAAAGCUCGAACUGGUCAAGAAGUUUAAAGAGGAGACCUUUCCUUUGUAUUCGUCAUUCAUUGAAAAACGACUAGAUGAAAACAAAAACAAGAAUGGUGAAGACGGGUACUAUGUCGGAAAAACGGUGACGGUUGCCGAUCUUGGGAUCUACUACAUGAUGUUCAAGAUCCGUGAGUUUAUGAAAAGGUACGACAUUGAUCUGUUGGAGGGCCGGACGGCUAUCAGUGACCACAUGGCCAGGGUGGAGCAGCUGCCUAAUAUUGCAAAGUGGCUUAAGGAACGUCCUCAGACAGAAUUUUAAACACGGACCGCCCUCAGAAAGACUAUUAAAUAUGGACAUACGUACCAUAAUAAUUAUGUUUGAACUUAUUUUUAGCUGGCUAUGCAUGUAUUAUCCUUAUAUACCAUAGAUGAUAAAUGAAACAAAAUUUUAUGACAAAAUGGAUGGCGAAAGAAGAUCAAACACAAAAUCGCCUGAAACCAAUUCAACAGUCUUUACUCUGGCCACGCUUAUGUUGCAAGUAUGCAAAUACAUUAAAAAUGGACUAAUAAUUGCUUUGACGCAUUAUAACGGAUGAACGUUGUCAUGUUUAAGUCUUGUUUUCUUUUUGUUCUAAAAUGCAAUAAAAUCGAUUAAGUUCA